AUGGAGUCGGUAAAACAAAGGAUUUUGACCCCAGGAAAAGAGGGGCUAAAGAAUUUUGCUGGAAAAUCCCUUGGCCAGAUCUACAGGGUGCUGGAGAAGAAGCAAGACACCGGGGAGACCAUCGAGCUGACGGAGGAUGGGAAGCCCCUGGAGGUGCCAGAGAAGAAGGCUCCACUGUGCGACUGCACCUGCUUCGGCCUGCCGCGUCGCUACAUCAUCGCGAUCAUGAGCGGCCUGGGCUUCUGCAUCUCCUUCGGCAUCCGUUGCAACCUGGGCGUGGCCAUCGUGGACAUGGUCAACAACAGCACCAUCCACCGCGGGGGCAAGGUCAUCAAGGAGAAAGCCAAAUUCAACUGGGACCCGGAAACCGUGGGGAUGAUCCACGGUUCCUUCUUUUGGGGCUACAUCAUCACCCAGAUUCCGGGCGGCUACAUCGCGUCUCGGCUCGCAGCCAACAGGGUUUUUGGAGCCGCCAUACUUCUUACCUCUACUCUGAAUAUGCUAAUCCCAUCAGCAGCCAGAGUGCAUUAUGGGUGUGUUAUCUUUGUCCGGAUAUUGCAGGGCCUUGUUGAGGGCGUCACCUAUCCAGCAUGUCAUGGGAUAUGGAGUAAAUGGGCUCCUCCUCUAGAGAGGAGUAGAUUGGCAACCACCUCCUUCUGUGGUUCAUAUGCUGGAGCUGUAAUUGCAAUGCCUUUAGCUGGCAUUCUUGUGCAGUACACUGGUUGGUCUUCGGUAUUCUACGUCUAUGGAAGCUUUGGAAUGAUCUGGUACAUGUUUUGGCUUUUGGUGUCUUAUGAGAGUCCUGCAAAGCAUCCUACUAUUACAGAUGAAGAACGUAGGUACAUUGAAGAAAGCAUUGGAGAGAGUGCAAAUCUUUUAGGUGCAAUGGAAAAAUUCAAGACUCCAUGGAGGAAAUUUUUUACAUCUAUGCCUGUCUAUGCAAUAAUUGUCGCAAACUUCUGCAGAAGCUGGACUUUUUACUUACUGCUUAUUAGUCAGCCAGCAUAUUUUGAGGAAGUCUUUGGAUUUGAAAUCAGCAAGGUUGGCAUGCUAUCUGCUGUGCCACACUUGGUAAUGACAAUUAUUGUGCCCAUUGGAGGGCAGAUUGCAGAUUUUCUAAGAAGCAAGCAAAUUCUUUCAACUACUACAGUAAGAAAGAUCAUGAAUUGUGGUGGUUUUGGCAUGGAAGCAACACUGCUUCUGGUCGUUGGCUAUUCUCAUACUAGAGGGGUGGCUAUCUCAUUCUUGGUACUUGCAGUGGGAUUCAGUGGAUUUGCUAUUUCCGGUUUCAAUGUUAACCACUUGGAUAUUGCUCCGAGAUAUGCCAGUAUCUUAAUGGGCAUUUCAAAUGGUGUUGGCACAUUGUCAGGAAUGGUUUGCCCUAUCAUUGUUGGUGCAAUGACAAAGAAUAAGUCACGCGAAGAGUGGCAGUAUGUUUUCCUGAUCGCUGCCCUGGUCCACUACGGUGGAGUUCUAUUUUAUGCAAUAUUUGCCUCAGGAGAGAAGCAACCCUGGGCAGACCCUGAGGAAACAAGUGAAGAAAAGUGUGGAUUUAUCCAUGAAGAUGAGCUUGAUGAAGAAACAGGGGACAUGACUCAAAAUCAUAUAAAUUAUGGUACCACCAAGUCUUAUGGUGCCACAACACAGGCCAAUGGAGGUUGGCCCAAUGGUUGGGAAAAGAAAGAGGAAUUUGUACAAGAAGAAGUACAAGACUCAUACACCUAUAAGGACCGAGAUGAUUAUUCAUAACAAAGCUAAUUGCUGGAUUUAUUUUUAGUGUUUGUGAUUAAAUUAAUUGUGAUUGCACAAAAAUUAAAAAAAAAAAGUGGUGUGCACACAUAAACACAUCAACCAGGCAAGUCUUGCUGUAAAAAAUGAAUCACAAACAAACUCAUGAAGUUACCAUCAAGUGCAAUCUGUAGAAGUUGUGAAAUGCCAUCAUUUCCAUUCAUGUCAUCCAUUUUUGCGUUUGUGAUUUAAACGUUGACUGGUCAAAGUUGUAGAAGCGAGUAGUUACUCAUUGGAUUCACGUGAGCUAAAACUCAUCGCCAUUUAAUAAAGCACAACUACAACAGUUGGCACAUCCCAUCCUACAAAGGUUAGGAAGCCAAAGCUACUUGAUCAUGCAAAAUGCACUUAUAUAUUUGUUACACUGUAUUGCAAGAUAUCAUGCAGAAGUCCUGUUAAGAAACCCGAAGAUGUCAUGUUGGCUGCAUCAGGUGGUGGCAACGUUUAUUGAAUAUAAAUUAUGGAGUUGAUAUAUCUCUCAGUUAGAGAAGAAUAUUGUGGGCUAGCAACUAGCAAGGUGUACUAAAUAAUUACUGUUAUUACAUAAUGUGGAAUAUUUUGUUGGUUCUGAAAAGAAAUAUCUUGCCUUGUUUUAUAUGAAAUGCUUGUGCACAUAUACUUAUAUCUGUGAAAGAGAACUUGUAAAGUGAGGGGUAUGCUUCAUGUUCUUCCAUUCAUUUACCUAACAGUAUAAAACACUUCAUGUUUCAACAGAAAUCUGACUUUUCAUGUAACAUAUCACAUAACUUUUUUGCAAAAAAUAUAAAAAAUAAAUAGACUUUAAUGUAUUUUUUAUUACAACUUUGUACUGGUUGUAACUUGCAUUAGAAAAAAAAAGAUGCAUACACCAUAAAGAAUCUAAUAAGAAAUUUACUAUGGAGACAUAGC